CCAUCCCGCCACGCUGCCCGGCCGCUCGGAGCGCGGCCCCUUUAAAGUCGGGGCUGAGCCGCCGGUCCCCGGUCCUGUCUUCUUCCCCGGCGGGCACCAGCUGGCCGCAGCGGAGCCGGGAGGGGCUGCCCCCUGCGCCGCCUACCGUCCCCUCGGCCACCGCCCGCUCACACCGCGCUGCCGAGCCCGGGCGGCCAGCGAGCGGAAGGCGGCGGGCAGGAGCCGGGGGCAGGGCGCUGCAGCAGCAGGGGGCGGUGGUAGGCAGAGGCGCCGGAUCCGGAGCUGGGUGGGGGGCGCGGCCGCUAGGUUCCCAGGCGCAGCCCCUCAUGCGUGAGUCCGGGCAUGCUGGCACUGCCCGCGCGAGUCCCCGUCUAUGCCUGGUCUGAGCCGCCCGCCUGCUCCCCUUGGGUCGGGUCGGCGCCUCCCGCGGGGCUCGCCGCGGGGACAUGCCGCGCUGAGGAGCGGCUGGAGGCGGCGGCGGCAGGCAGGGGCUCUCCCUGUGCCUGGGAUCUAAGGGCCGGCGCCGGGCAAUGACCCCCCGCUCCCCCGCCUCUGAGGACUGAAGGGGCUCGGCACGGACCCGCCGCGGAGGGCACGCGCGGCUCCGGCGCUUCAGAGGAAUGAGACUAAGGGUCAGCAGAAACGUGUCACCGAAGAAAGAAUCCACAAUGGAAAAAACAACUCACAGUUGCUUCUUACUGAUUAUGCUUCUAAUCAGAAUGGCUCCAAGUCUUACUUCUACUGUCAAUUAUACUGAUCCUACAUUAGAGCCUGUAGUAACUGAACAUUCACCAGUACGACAGAAGAUAAUAGAUUCGCAGUUCAAAUGCUAUGAGAGAAUGAACAGAGAUCCACCAUAUAGAAAAAAAGGUCUGUUCUGCAACCGAACUUGGGAUGGAUGGUUGUGCUGGGAUGACACACCUGCUGGAAGAGUCACUGCUCAGAAUUGUCCAGAUUAUUUUCCAGACUUUGAUCCAACUGAAAGGGCUUCAAAAUACUGUGAUGAAACAGGAAAUUGGUUCCGACAUCCAGAGAGCAAUCGGACUUGGUCCAACUAUACACUGUGUAACUCCUUCACCUCUGAAAAAUUGAAGAUGGCAUUCAUACUUUAUUAUAUGGCUAUAGUAGGCCAUGCUUUGUCUAUAACUUCACUGUUGAUUUCCCUGGGGAUUUUCUUCUAUUUCAAGAGCCUCAGCUGUCAAAGGAUAACACUGCAUAAGAAUUUGUUUUUCUCCUACGUUCUUAACUCUGUGUUUACCAUCGCCCACCUCAUCGCAGUAGUGCCUAAUCCAGGCCUUGUAAAAAGGGAUCCCGUAAGCUGCAAGGUGCUGCAGUUUUUUCACCAGUACAUGCUGGGUUGUAACUACUUCUGGAUGCUCUGCGAGGGCAUAUAUCUUCACACUCUAAUUGUGGUGGCAGUAUUUGCUGAAGAGCAGCGUUUGCACUGGUAUUACCUCUUGGGCUGGGGGUUUCCUUUAGUGCCAGCAUCUAUUCAUGCUGUUGCAAGAGCCAAAUACUUCAAUGACAACUGCUGGAUGAGCGUUGACACUCACUUGCUCUAUAUUGUUCAUGGACCCGUAAUGGCAGCUUUAUUGGUCAAUUUUUUCUUUUUGCUUAACAUCGUCCGAGUUCUGGUGACAAAGCUAAGAGAUACUCAUCGGGCUGAGUCCAACAUGUACAUGAAAGCUGUCAGAGCCACACUAAUCCUGGUGCCCUUACUAGGAAUUCAGUUUGUCAUUAUUCCCUGGAGACCAGAAAACAGACUUGCUGGAGAAAUAUAUGAUUACAUCAUGCAUAUAUUAAUGCAUUACCAGGGCUUACUUGUUGCAACUAUAUUCUGCUUUUUCAAUGGAGAGGUACAGGGCGCUCUAAAAAGGCAAUGGAUGCAGUAUAAGACCCAAUGGGGGCAAAGACGACGUGAGCACUGCUCUACGCGAUCUACCUCCUACACAGCAACAUCUAUCACCGAGGUCCCAGUUUAUCUGUAUCAUCACGAUUCCACCAACGAACAGUUAAAUGGAAAAUACAUAGAUGACUCUGAACUCGUUGCAUUAAAAUCUGGAGAGACGUCUGCCUAGCUCAGAGGAAAACGAGACAAACAGGUCAUUUUGCAUUCUGUUCAUGGCAGGGUGGGGCGAAGGGGAGGAGUUCGGACUUGAGUGCCACUGUGGGAGAGUGCUAAACAGAACACAUCAUACGCGAACUAUAGAAGCAUCAGCUUCGGCCAGCGAUGGCCCAGCGAGAGUCUGCCUGAGAGAGGUGGAUAUAGUAUUUGAUACUACUACAGCAUGCUGCUUUUAGAAACAGGGCUGAGAACGGAACUAUUCAAUGAAACAUUUGGAUUUUCCACAGUUCCUGCUACUUGCCAUAUGACACACAGAUUCAAUAGUAGUAACAAUUCAAGGUAUCCCAUAGCAGAUAUAGAAGAACGGAUUAGUUCAUAGCAAGGAGUGUUCAGUUUCCAGACUGGACUAACUAACGACCAAUUGGAAUUGUUCAGCAUUUGUUGCUUUAAAUACCUUUCUUUCACCCUAGACUUUAAACGAUCAUCUUUCAUUAGGUGUAACGGACUUGGAAUCUGUUGUUGUUUAUCAUUUUAAUCAGCUCUGCUGCUUUCCUGGAAAUGUUUGCACUUGGGGGUGGGGGAGAAGAGAAACCCAUCAUUCCAAGGUAUUCAAAUCCUUAGCUCAAAAGGAUCUCAUACAGAAUUACCCUCCUGACAUCAGGUGCACAACAGAAACAAAGGUAAACUAUUUAUUGCAUUAAAAACAUUCAACACUAGUAGGCAUAAGCAUCAGUAGAGAAACAAAAUACGUCUUUGGGAGCCUCAUGAAAGUCCUGGAAAAAUCUCAAAAAAAUUUUUUUUUCAAGCUAUGCUAGUUGCUCGAUAAUAUUCAUUCAUAGGAAACCUGUAGCCAUAAUACUCCACCCAGCAAUCUGAUAAGUAAGGAACAAAUUUUGCACUAUGAAUAAACUGUGAAAUGUAUUUGGAAAUUAAGAUUUUUGUUAAUUGCUGUUGACACUCUGAGCCUGCCGCUGGUGAACAUUUGUCUGUCUAAUGAAGUUGUGUGCUGGCAGUAAAGGAGGCCAGUGGAAGAGAUGAGGAACUAGUUUAUACCAGCGUCACAGCCGAAGAAAUAUUCAUACUUAGAAAGUCAAUAUUUUAUGUAAUUAUUAAACACUAAAGGUCUUUUUAUGAUUGUUAAAUGAGUCUUACAGCCAAGGAGUAACUUAUUUAUAGCUGUAAGGCUCCUCUAUUGCCAGUGUCAAAUGACCGUUACACACCAUUGGGCUGAGUAAAAUAGCUACAAUUUCUUUCCAAAGGUGAAUGUAAAAGUCCUUGCAAAUGGAUAGGACCAGUGCCUGGGCAGCUCUGAGUAGAGCUUGGCAAACAUUUUUGACAAAAACUCUUAUGCCAAACUUUUAUUUUCUGGAAAAUAUGCAGAUUCAGUGACACCAAAACAUUCCAUGAAUUUAUGUCAGUUUCUUUGAAUUGUUUCAGUUAACAAAACCCCUAAAAUAUUUUAAAAAUCAUGUUUCAUUUUGACAUUUUCUAAAUUAAAUAUUUAAAUUAUUUUAUUCAAAAAGAUUGUGUAGAAAUUUCCUUUUAAUUUUAUUUUAAAAAAAUUUUAAAUGCUCAAUUGAAAUAAAAACAAUAAAAUGUUUCAGGUUGAACAAAAUAUUUUGUUUGACCUGAAUCAUAUAUUUUUAUCUUUUUAAUUUUUUGAUUCAGUGAAAAAUAUUUUAAAAAUCUGUUUUUUUCCCCAGAAUUGCAAGUGAACCAAAAAACCUAUUGUUCACCCAGUUCUAGUUCUAGGUGCUUGCAAGUCCUAGGACUUUUUGCCUAUAGAAUUUAACUUGUAUAUAAAGUUCCCAAGUAUCUGAAAGGAUGUCCAGUGAAAUGUAUCACUGUUUCUCCUCUGGUUUUCAUGUAGUUGGGUAAUUUUAAAGCCAACAACUAGUAUUUGUACAAUGAGGUCUUGACUUUUUUAUUAGGUUAACCAGUUAUUUGGCACCUUUGAAGAUAGGCCAGAAAGAGUCCAUUCAUUCUGUUUUCCUCCACUUCUACCUAUUGUGUGAUCCACGUAUAUUUGUCAGCACAAUUCUACCAGCCUCAGGCCCGAGGAAUGAAAACAGAAGGGAGACAGUCACAUACCUCUGAUGCCACAGACCCACCUACUCCUGUCUUUGGUGUCACUUGCUUCACUUAGCUAUCUCAAUAUCAGCAUUCAGCCAUGAGUUGUUUGAAGGUUGAUUUAGCACUUGUGUCACAAUCCCAUCUCUGGGAUUCAAGGAGGAGAAGAGAUAGGGAAAGGAGGGAGAACCAGGGAAGUAGGGACUGGAAAGGAGAAGGAAGAAGAGGACGAGGAAAUGCUAUCUCUGAUGUCACAAUUCCACUAACCAGUGACUUUUGCAGAGGCACCAGCUAGUUACAAAUAUAUUUUAAACUCCCUUUCUUCUUUAUUUACUUUAUUUAUUGAGAUUCCAUCCAAGAUUUGUUUUUCCCUUGCAAGAAUCACAGACUUGGUUGAGGCAUAAACAAGUAAUUUUGCUCUACUCUUAGCAGUGCUUCGAUUGCCUAAACUAUAAUUAGUUCUGAGAGUUCUAACCUCAGAGCUUGCCAGGUAAGUAAAGGAGGGAAAAUAUUUCAAAUCCAGCACUUCGCUUUACAAUGUCAAUGCAUUUGUAGCUCUUAAUUCUCCAAGUAGAGGGUCUAAUCCUGCAGGAAGAAUUGUGAGGAGAAAGAACUGCAGGAUCAAGUUCACAUUCUGUUAGGGUGAAAUUAAUUCGUUAAGCUCACACAAGGCCUGUGCAACACUCAAGCACUGAGCAUCUGAUCCACAGCCAUUGAAGUCAAUGAAGAGAUUCCGAUUGACUUAAAUGGGCUUUGGAUGAGGCCCUAAGGUAUUUGAAUGGGACUUAAAUAGUGCACAGACCCUGUGGACCCGCUUCACAGACAUGAAUCUCAUGCUUGCUGAUAUGGGAGAGAUUUUAAACAUUCUGAGCAGGAUUGAGCCCCAAAACUUUUCGGUUCACCUGUAAAAUUGACAUGGAGGACUACUGGUUGUACCUAACUGUGCUAACCUCUACAUUCCAACACACAUAUUGGGACCACAUCUUCCUACCAAAUGACCUUUCACUGAAUGAGAAUGAGUUCACUGACAGUGGAAUUCAGAGUUUAUUUAAUCCAGUGUUGUAUUUGGGGAGAAAAUAUAGUCCUGUCCAUUCACCCAGUGAAAAAGCUAGGUUGGAGACCACUGAACGUGUCUGCUUUGCUGACUGUACAAAGGAAGGUAUUUUUUUCGGACAAGAGUGUUUUGUGCAUUGCUAUUUCUACUUUUGCUAGUGAGCUAUCAUGGUCCAUGGAGGAUUCAAUAGUCAAAGAAAACAAGGCAGCUUUACUAUGAAUUUUAUAUUUCUGAACAUUUUUGAUGCUUAUUGUACUUUCCAGUAGGGCUCCAGCAGGUGUACUUAAUUUCUAACUACAGGAAAUAGAUUAUUGUAAUAGAAAUGUACAUAAUUCAUAAGGUCUGAUAAAUGCUUGUGUAACUUAUAUGUACAAAUUGUUUUUCAGAGUCUGUUAUAUUCACGUAAAGUACACUAUUGACAUAUUUUUUUAAGGGAACAUCAUGUUUUGGCUUCUUCAUUCAUUGAUUCAUUCUACUUCAUGAACUCAGCUGGAGCAACAAACUUCAGGAUCUUGGUUUUCUCUUCAUGUGAUGAAAAUCUCACAUUCUGAUGUGGGCCAGAGUAGCUUGAGUGAUGUCAAUGGAGUUACAACAAUUUUCAUCAGCAGAGAAUCUGGCCUACAGAUCUAUUUAAUUCAAUAUUAGCCUCACAUGGGGACUGCAGGUUAGAGCUGUUCAGAAAGUUUUCAUCAAAACAAUCGGAACAGCCAUGUUCAUCAAAAUUAAAAUGUUUUGAAAAAUGUAUGAUUUUGAUGAAAUUUCAUCAAAACAACAAAGGCAAAAGGAGGCAUUUUGAUAAGGUUGAAACAUCCCAUUCUGACACUUGCAGAAUGGAAGGUUUUGAUUUUUUUAAUUUACAAAUGAUUUUUUUCAAUACUAAAUUAAUUGCGGGGGUUUUUUAUAUAAAAAGAAUUUAAAAGUUUAAAGGUCAAAAUUUGAACCAAAUGUUUUGCUCUUGCCACAAAAAAAGUAUUUCAAUUGACCUGAAACAAAAAAAAAAAUUAGAAUUUUGUUAUGUGGGAAACUUAAGUUUAGUUUUUUGUUCCAUUUUGGAAUGGAAAAAAAAUAUUAAAAUAGUGGAAUUUCUUCUGAAACAGAAAAUCCAACUCUCCCACCCCGGCCUACUUCAUAUGCAUAUUCUUUCCAGAGCUGUCUUCAUGCUCCAUGUAUGCCACAGACAUUAUAACCAUGCCAGCAUCACCGAGGCCUGCACAGAAAGCAGCAAUGGGUUCAAGCCAGAGUCAUAUGUACAUAGAUUCUCCAAUGGCCCCCGCACACCAUACAAAUGGUAUAGAGGAACUGCAGUUGAUAAUUGACUCACUAGGCUGGAAUAAUUGCAGCAGUGUUGAAGGGGCUGUUUUUUAUGUUGGGGCUUGAGGGGGAGAAUUUCAACCCCUCGGUGGCGUUUCCCUGCACCUGCAUACAGUCUGAUUACUAAGGCAUUACAAAGGUGCAGUGAAUUUCACCUCUGUGCUUGAGAGAAAGCACUGAAGUCUCCAUGACAAUGAUGGUGAGAACACGUCUAUGACCAAGCAAUAGCAAUUUCUUGGCAUGAGCAAAUCCAGCCUUUAGAAAUGUUUAUUAUUUUAGCACAUUUCGUACUCGAGUGUAAAAAAGCUGCAAGGAAAAUUUGAAUCAAUGGGUCUAAAAAGUAGUUUCAGGGAAGACACAACCUAUACCAAGAACUUUAGUAGGACCCCUCUCCUCUGAAACCCCAUCCCCUCAUAUAACAACUCAUUUCACUUAAUAUUGGCUCUGGCUUAGAAGUGUUUGUACAGCUGGUUUGUUUGAAUAGCUAAAUCAAGCAGAAAGGUUCUCGUUCUUCUUCUUUAUUAGGUACAGAAACUAAACACAAAUUCAAAAAAUCAUGGCAUGGAAUGCUGAGACUGUAUUUUCAUUUGGUCCUUUUUAAAUGCCUAAGAAAUAUAUUUCAGUUAAAAAAAAAUACAGCACAAUUGGGGGAAAUGGCUUGCUCCACCUUAUAACAGCUAGCAGCAGCGCUGCCUUAAUUAAAGGUUUGCCAGCAUUUCCACUGCAAACUCUCCAUUUUCAUGUGUUUAUAACUUGGCAAUAAAACUUUGCUCUGGGAUGGAACUUUGUUCUGGGAUGCAAAAAUCUCAGCGCAUUCCUGUUCUUAUAUUUUUUUCCCCUUACAAAUAUUAACGAAAAACAAUGUUUGGCUCUUUUCAAUGAUAUAAAUUUUAAAAACUAACAAAAUAAAGAUAUCCUAAUUUUGAGUGCUUUGCAUUUUUGUAACUCAGCUAUGUCUUCAUGAUACAGGCAAACAUAUAGGAUUGGCUAUUACUGACUCCUAUGGAAAUUUGUAUGCAUAUGCAUGGAACAGUAAUUGACUCCAACCCAAUUAUAGUUUACCAAAUUUAGGGCCGGAUUCUGGCUCUCUAUUCAUGGGAGGGGGCACAGAAGGCUCUCAUCCUUCGAAUGGACUGUUCAGGGGGAGCCUGAAUUCCAGAGCUUGUGCUUUUUGGGCCCAAUCCUAACCAUCACAUUGAAAUCAAUGGCAGUUUUGCUACUACCUACAAUCACAGCAGCACUGGGACCUUUGCAUUCCAAGGUGCAGAGGGGGCACAAUUAUGGCCAUAGCAAAAUAUUUACAAAGUGAGGUGAGGGUGUGGAGGCAAGACCUCCAAAGAAGCUGACAGUCUGAGGCCAGCUCUGAGGGGAGCUCACAUUCCACCUCCAAAAAAAAAAAAAAAGCAUACAGCCACAUUCUUGUGUGUCUAUACAGGCAAAAUAUAAUUCCCUUAACAGUCCUAAAUUCAUAUCCACUGCCAGAAACACCGUGCUGUUCUCUGACAUUUGCCAUAUUUGGCAGAGGUUGUAAUUAAAAGUACCUUUAAUAUAAAAGUAAACAUUUUACAUGUACUCCAGAUAUUUCUGUGCAGCAUGGUAUUGUACAGAUACUUUUAGAUGGACUAUCUAUGUAUAAGCACCUCUGGGUUGAAUCUUCAGCCAGCACCUCUUUCAGGACCAGAGAAAAACCUUAAAAGGGAAAAUACCUCUCAACGUUGAAAAAUAAAGAUUAGCAUGUUUCCCUCAACUUAGUACAGUGUAGCUGUGCAUCAGAGUUUUAAACCACCUGUUAAAUUGUGCAUGAAGUCUCAGGGUGGAGGGAGGAUCUCUCUCUUCUGCAGUAAGAUGUUUGAUUACCCUUCAUGUCAUUUGUGGAUGUAGAUUAGGUGCUCAAGUUUGAAAAUUUUGCCCAGAACAUGAAUGUUCUCUUCUAUUAAGAGUUGAAAGGGGUAAAAAGACACUCUCUCUAACAGGGCACAGAUAUAUUAUAGUUUGAUAGACCGUUGCAUUUGGUUAUAUUGUGUAACAUCAGCCAUGUGAGAGGGUGUAACCUGAGUGUUACAAGACACCACUGGCCAUGCUUUACCCAAACACCUUUUGAGAGGAAAGGUAGGUGAGGUAAUAUCUUUUACUGGACCAACUUUUGCUGGUGGAAGGCACAAGUUUUGAGCUACACAGAGUUUUCUUCGGCUCUGGGGAAGGAAGCAGCAUGUCUGAACUAAAUAUAAGUUGGGACAGAAAAGUGAUAAAAGACAAAAACCCUUUUCACAAAGCUAUCACUCAAUUUCUGAUCUUUCAAUACUUGUCCUCAAGGGAAGCUGGUACAACACCUUCAAAAGGCUUGCCCGGGAACUUACAUUCAUAGCUCUGCUAGACACCAAAAGCCUUGGACUUAACAGGGACACUGGUUUUAUGGCCCAUUGCAAUUUGUAACGCUGCUGCCAGCUAUCCUUAACUGUCCACUUCAGCCCUUUAUACAUAACAAUCUAACCCUCAAUUGCCCACUUCAAGUGACUACCUCAUGCUAGUCCAACUUGCAUUUAACUCAGGCUAUGGCUACACUAGAGAGCUUACAGCAGCACAGCUGCACUGAUACACCUGUGCCAUUGUAAGCUCUCUGUGUAGCCGUUCUAAGCCAACAGGAGAGAGCUCUCACGUCAGGUUAACUACUCCGGCCCCCGUGAGCAGCGGUAGCUAUGUCCACCGGAGACGCUUUCCUGCUGACAUAGUGCCAUCCACACAGGCGUGUAAAUCGGCAUCAGUUAUCUUGCUCAGCGGGGGGUGGCUAAUUCACACCCCUGAACAACAUAAUUCCACCAUGAUUUCAACAAUAUCCAUCCCACCAUCAACCUCAGCCUGGACCAGUCCACACAAGAGAUCCACUUCUUGGACACUACAGUGCUAACAUCAACUUCAUUAAACUGUAGUGUAGCCAUAGCCUCAGACAUUCUGCUUCCUUCUCCAGACUGGAAGAAGAGCUCUGUGUAGCUCAAAACCUUGUGCCUUCCACCAACAGAAGUUGGUCCAAUAAAAGAUAUUACCUCACCUACAUUGUCUCUCUCAUAUUCUGGGACACUGCAAACACACACCUUUUGUGAUCUGUUCUGCAUUUUUCUCCUCUUUGUCUUCCAUUUCUCUUUGCUCUUUCAUCUGUGCAUCAGCCAGAAAUCAUACACCUUUUCUUGGAAAUCAUUUCUUCUAUACAGCCAGAAUUUCCACAUUUUAUUGCCUACUGUUAAUUCCACUUGUGCACUCCUGUCUGAUGUAUGUCAAGAGUACAAAUUCUUUGGAGAUUUAUUUUAACACCUACUAGAUAAUAUGGUCCAAACAAGUUUUUCACACUAAUGCUUUAACAAAUUACAUUACAGUAGAACCUCAGAGUUACAAAGACCAGAGUUACAAACUGACCGAUCAACCACACACCUCAUUUGGACUGGGAAGUACACAAUCAGGCAGCAGCAGAGACCAAAAAAAAAAAAAAAAAAAAAAAGCAAGUACAGUUCUGUGUUAAAUGUAAAUUACUAAAAAAGGGGAAAGUUUUUGAAAAAAGAUUUGAUAAGGUACGGAAACUAUUUCUGUGCUUCGUUUAAAUUUAAAUGGUGAAAAGCAGCAUUUUGCUUCUACGUAAUUAAGUUUCAAAUCUGUAUUAAGUCAAUGUUCAGUUGUAAACUUUUGAAAAACAACCAGAACGUUUUGUUCAGAGUUAUCAGCAUUUCAGCAUUGCACAUAACCUCCAUUCCUGAGGUGUUUGUAACUCUAAGGUUUUACUGUAUAUAAAUUAAGGAUGCACAUUUUCAACAAAGUUAGGGAGAAAGUAUUGAGCAAAUAGUCCAAAAACAUUCAGAAACAAAAUAAAUGAUGGCUUCUAUCUACCUGUAACUCACUUACUGUUUUUUUUAAUUAAAGCAGCAUCCAAAAGUGGAUUUGGAAGCAAUUUACACUGCCGGGCACAGGCCACAAAUAUCUUAUAAAAACUCUAGCUAGUAUAUACAUAUGUAUGUAUGCUUAAUUAUAUAGGGCGUAAUCCAAAGUUCUGCCAACAUACACACAGUGCAAGUUGGAAGUACGGGAGAGAUCAGGGUGCAUAGAUGGUGUAAAACUCACCUUUACACACCUCCAACUCUGGGCCUUCUGUGCACAGCUGGCCCCGCAUAGAACAUCCACCUGCAUACUGGUGUCCUUUCCCCUGGUAAGAACUGUGCUAAUGUUUCCAGGUCCCCUAGUGGUCACUCAGCUAUAUUAACUCCUUCUCAGGAAACCAGGGGAUCAUGCCGCUAAGUUCAGCCAGCCCACUGCUCUCACUCCUGCCCCUAUCUUGUAACCAUGAAGAAAUUGCAGGAAACCAGGCUAGAGAUCUUUGGAAGCAGAACGCAUGCCCUGUUUAUAUGGUGAGGAAUCUGCAGGAUUCCUGAGAUAUUUCCACAGAAGAGGCACUCUUCCCCCCUUCCCACUCCCCCUGCCAAGAGAAAAGCCCCAUAAGGCAAUGCUGCCAGCGGCUAAAAGGGUGGUGACAAUAUAAAGUAGUCUCUUUCUCAAUGCUCUGGCUGUUCUGUCCUAGAAGACCUCAUUGCCAACACCCAUAUAAGGCUCCAUUAUUAUGGGAAAGGCUUCUUCAGGGUCCAAUUGUGGUUCAGUACAUUUUGAGUUACACAGAGGUAAUUCCCAUUGACUUCAGUGGCAGAAUUUGGCUCUGCCUGUUUUAAAUAUUAUGAAAUUAAUACCUAAAUAACUGGCAGACAUUCAAGAUACAUGAUUAACAUCGUCAUCACUUCAUAUUUCAAACAGGACUAAAAUAUAGUGAUAAUAUGAUCCAUAUAUAAAAUGCUUGCAAUAAUGAGAUUAUUUUUUAUACGGCCCACUCAUUUAUUUUAUUACACCAUAGUAAUAUCUUGCUCGCCCACCAGAAUAGCUGUAUCAGUGAUGUCUUUGUAUGUAACGGGACUAACAUUUGUUUUAUCUUGAACACUUUGCAGCAUAACAGCUUCUUUUUCCACCAUCAAAAAACCUAGGUAAGUCCCAGAUCCUGCCGUGAUCUCUGAGCAGGUGGACUUGGCCACCAUGUGGAACCCCACAAGUUACACUUUCUUGGUACUUUUAUUAUCCCUCUUCACCUGCAGGAUUAGUCCUGUGCAUGUAAGGUGAAAUGAAUACCUGUACAGACAGUGGCACAAGGCUGAUGCACCAAUGAAGUCCCACAUAUGCCCUAUUUUGAGGGUGUAAGUGGCAUUUAAGGGGAUACAUAGGCCUUUGUGGUGACCAUCUGCACAGGGGUGGACUUCCCCCGUGGUGGGUGUUUGUUUUUUUAACUAACAGUCACUUUGUGGGCAGAUAAGGUAAUGACUCAUGUUUCCUCCACAAAGUCAGUGAAGAAAGGGGUCGUCAUCAUUUGAAAGGGGGACUGCUUAAUUGCUGUGAACAUAAGAAAUAUUAUGAACAUUGUAAAUAGUCUGGAUUACAGAAGCCAUCGUCAAUACAAGCCGCCUCAGGGGAAAAAAGACAGAGAAAAAUCUGCCAUGAAUUUAGCUGUAUAAAAUGGAAGGGAGCCCAGCUUUGGGAUGUUACAGAAUGCAGCAUGGGCAGGUGUAGCUGGCUCAGGCCAGUAAUAUACAUAAAGUCAUCACAUAAAACUUUCUACUUAUUAUAUUCUAUUAUUAAAAGGGCUUUUUUAGAGUAUGAGCUCAUAUAUUAUGUUAGCGUACACAGCAAGCGUUUAGUUGCUACCUGGCUUCUGCCUAUGUAGUUAUGGUAGUUCUCAGGAUUAACUAGCCAUCAAGUGACGUGGGGAGUAGUUCUGGCAUAUUCUGUGGCUACAAACUGACUACAAGACAUAACGUUUACAUGUAUGACAUAAAUUAGUAUGUCCAACACAUAUGUAUGUAUCUAUUAGAUGGACCAUAUUCUAGCCUUAACUUCCACAACGGGGGAGGAGAGACACAGUUUGUUCCUCCAUUAUAUUAUUCCUCCCUGGUGAAGCCUCUCUGCAUGGGAUCCAUGGAUGUUCAGGAUCUAUGAUGGUGGAGGAGAGUAGGGGAUGGCUGCAGAGCUGCCACUAUCCCGAUGGGCCCAUCACCACCACCACCAGAUGGAGGAAGGUGUAGGAAAUCCUGAAGAGGGAACCACACUGUGUUUCCUAUCCCCUGAGCAGAAGUAGCCCACCAAAGAGACAAAGUGGAACCAAUUUUACUUUUUAAACAACUAUUUUAAACAGAGAGCUCUGAUGUUCAGCCAUAAUGUUUGUUUAUAUUGAAAUAUUUA